UUUUCUCCCUCUUUUUUUUCGGAAAAUACAGCAGCAUCUCGGGGGUAAUUUAUUCAGUGCAAAUAGCGGAUAUAGUUGAGAGCCAGCAGAUUUUUUUUGUGUCAGAGGUGCACGGAUGAGCAGGCACGGACCGGUCCGGUGACUAAUUGUCAUAAUAAGGCGCGCAAGUUCGCCAGCGACUCGGGCACGUUUUUUAUUUAUUUCUCCGUAUUACCAUGUAGCAGUGCCGCAGCGGGGAGAUAAUCGGGCGGAGGGAGCAGUUACAGAGAGAGGGAGAGAGAAAGGAGCACAUGAUCACACAGGCUACCCAGUCACUGAUCAACUGGAGCAUUCAUAAUUGCGCUGGCGACAACAUAUGGGAAUACAACAAGGCGAGAUUGUGGUCACACCUGCUUCUGGAGGACACCGGAGGACCCGUGCGGGGGGAAAAGGGCGGCCAGAAUCUGAGGGACUUUGCAUCAAACACAGCGGAGAGAAAGCGUGGCAUCCGAACGAAGCUUCAUCCGGUAGAGAACCGAUCUGAAGCCAGCGGAGACAACUGAUCGACACCAAGGCUGAACAGAAAAACACAGAAGAAGGAGCUGUGUCUGAAAACGCACCCCUACGCACCAGAGUUUAUGGACUGCAUGUCAACAAAAUCCGGAGAAAAUACAGCCCGCUGACUUUGAAGGAGCCGUGUUGGGAAGUUUGUGCAAAUGGUGUCACAGCACCUCCUCCCCUGGAAGCCUCACAAAAAGAUGGAGCUCACAGGAAUCCAGCUCACUGCAAGAAUUUGAGGAUUGACAACACACCUGGAAAAGUGAGACAGUGCUUAUGUUCACCAUAAUGGCACCUGUAGGUGUGGCUAAGCUUCGGGCUCGGCUCUUCCUGCUGUUUCUUUGCUUGACACUACGUGCUGGCAUGCUUCAGUUUGCCUCAGCCACGAUACAAGGGUACAUUGGAGACAGGGACAUGAUAUGCCCAUCCGUAUGCAGGUGCGAUGAGGACUUUAUCUACUGUAAUGACCGUGGUCUGAGCUCCAUCCCAUCACUUCCUCCUUCGGCGUCCGUCCUCUACCUUCAGAACAACCAGAUAAACAACCCGGGUUUGCCCACGUCCUUGGAGCGCCAGCUUGCCAUCCGUGUGGUCUACUUGUAUGAUAAUGAACUGGACGAAUUCCCUGUGCACCUGCCACCAUCCAUCCGUGAACUGCAUUUGCAGGACAACAACAUACGCACUAUUCCUCGUAGUGCACUGGCUAGGAUGCCCUUGCUAGAGAAGCUCCACCUGGAUGACAAUUCAAUUUCCACUGUUAGCAUCGAGGACCAGGCCUUCGCUGACAACCCACGGUUGCGCCUACUUUUCCUUUCACGCAACCACCUGUCCAGUAUCCCUUCAGGACUGCCUGCCUCCCUGGAAGAACUCCGUCUAGAUGACAACCGGAUCUCCACAAUCCCUACCCACGCCUUCAGAGGGCUUUCCUCACUUAGGUGUCUCGUCCUGGACGGAAACCUUUUGGCAAACCAGCGCAUUGCCGAUGACACAUUCUCCCGCCUUGCCAACUUGACCGAGUUGUCCCUAGUCCGUAACUCCCUCCAGACCCCACCGGUCAACCUGCCCAGCGCCCAUCUGCAGCGCCUGUCUCUACAGGAAAAUGCCCUGACUCAUAUGCCACGUGGUUCCUUGGAUGGUAUGCACAGGCUGCUUAGAUUGGACCUGUCAGGAAACAAUCUGACAACCCUACCGAGGGGACUGUUCAAAGACCUAGAUAGCCUGGGCCAGUUGCUGGUGCGAGGCAAUCCCUGGCACUGUGGCUGCAACCUGCGUUGGCUGUAUGACUGGCUGCAUGCCCGCGGUAACACCAUCACUGUCAGAGGCCUCAACUGCCAUGGACCUGACAGGGUGCGAGACAUGGCUUUGAAAGACCUGGCCAGCGAGAUGGAGGAGUGUGAGUUGGUGAGGACUGCGGGGACCAGAGACAGAGUGGGCGGAGGUGGAGUCGAUACCUCUACCACUCACACCCCUCCACAGGGCUCUCUCUUCACCCUUCGAUCAAAGCGACCUGGCCUCGGGCUUCCUGACUCUGGCUUAGACUACACUCUCAGCAGCAGCGGAGUGGGGAAGAGCCUGGCCCUCAAUGUGAAGCCUCUCUCGCACAACAGUGUCCGUGUUACCUGGAGCGUGGCCCAACCCAGCUCGUCCUUUAGGCUGAGCUGGCUCCGACUGGGAACUGGGAACGCAAUGGGAUCAAUUACAGAGACUCUGGUCCGGGGGGACCGUCGUGAGUACCUGCUUACCUCCCUCCAACCACGCUCCAGUUACAUUAUUUGCAUGGUGCCCCUGGCUGCAAGUUCUGAAAGCAAGGGAGCAAUUUCUGGAGAUGCUGACCCCGAUGAAGCUCUUGUGUGUGCAAAAGCUGAAACGUCUGACCCCACCCCUUUGGAGGAGGAUGAGAAUGAAGACUCAAAGCAGAUGACAGUUCUGCCCUUGGCAGGGAUUGUUGGUGGGGCUACCGCCAUUGUGUCCUUGGCUCUUAUUUUUGGCAUCUUCUGCUGGUAUGGACAUAGGACUGGGCAUUUGUGCACCCGUGACCACUACACUCGCAAACACUCGCGAAAAAAGAAGAGCUGUGAUGACUAUAUUGAGUCAGGCACCAAGAAGGACAAUACCAUUUUGGAGAUCCGCAGUCCAGGGUUCCAGAUGACGCCACUGGCAGCCGGCCAGCCAAUGCAGCCUAAACCCCUACGAGAGGAUUACAUCAUUCAUACCAUAUACCCCUCUAAUGGCACUGGCCUGUACAAAGGAGACAACCAUGUUUCUGAUGCAGGUCAUGGCACCAACCGCGGUUAUAGAGAAGGAGGAAUCCCAGAUAUAGACUACUGUUACACAUGAUGUACUAUAUAUCCAGUUCAGUGUUAUUGGUAAACUGUAUGGAUGCACAAUUUCCGUUAGCAUGGACACUUAUGAAGCACCCCUCUGUGCCUUCUUCUACUGGUAUCUCAUUCCAAAAUAUCUGCUGUUCACUGCACUGAGAGUACUGUAUGUGAUUAACUGGAACUGAAACCUUGUGGGAACAGAUCACUGCAGGAAGCAGCAGCCAGAGUCCCAGGUGUGAAUGCACAGCUGACUGUUUCCUUACCAUCUUAGUAAAGGCCUGUGUAUGCUUUCUUUUCUGCUCUUUCCAUGUGACAUGUAAGCAAAGAAUGUAUACACUGUGGAAAGGUCAAACUUAUAAGCAUAUGUGCAGGUAGGGUUCCUCUCACACACAGGCGCCACAGCAGGCAAUUCAAAAUGGAUUAGGAAAUGAUGACCUAACAUUUUUGGUAGUAUUUUCCUGCUCACUGGUCAUACACAGUAUGUAGUCGUAUAAAGUAAUUUUUCAAAAUGCCUCAACUAUAUUGAUGUGCCCUACCAGCUAUCCAAGGAAAGGGCUUUGUAAAGCUGUGAAUUGUUCUAUUUCAAACAACCCAAUAACCACUUGUCUUAAAGUAGGCUUGUUAUUACCUUAUUCAGUAGUUGGCAGAGUGAAGAUCUUAUCAUGGCUGGUCAGCCUUGGUUAUACCUCUCCAGAUCAUUCACCUAAGAUCAGUAUUUUAGUGUUGCGUCAGAUGAGGUGCAGCACAAGCGUGUAGAUAAUUCACUGAGGUACUGACUGGGCUGUGUUUGGAAAAUGCUUUGCUAUUUUUAUCCGUGGUUUGUUAAGUAAUCAAAACCUGCACAGCUCUCUUUAUUUAUUUUGUCCCGUAUGUGAUACUUUUUGUCUUUACUAAAAUUGCUUUUAAUUUUUGCACUCAUGUAACUGAUGAAACCCAGCUUUGAAGAUAGUGGAUUUAAAUCAACAAAAUAAGAGAUGUGAAGAAAAUAACAUGAAGGCCAAUUGCAGGUUAAUGUUUAAUGAAAUGCAGCAUAGUUAAUUCUUGAUUCAGAAUGUUUAUAAAAUGUAAUUUGAAAAUUAGACCCCAAAAGACAAGCAUGUAAGUCACCUGAGACUGUAGAGACCAGCCUGUAUCCCUCUUUUCCCAUGUUGUGCCUGUGUGCUUAACCUGUGACUUCAGUUGAUAACUUUUGGUUACAAAAUGUUUCCUCCACACACCUAAAGCGACAACAGCAUGCACAGAGAAUCCAGUCUGGACAAAUGUGGAUCCUCCUGUGCGAAACAGACUCUUGUGAGUGAACCCUGAAAUGAUGGCGAGAAUUGUGAGUGAAACUGAGGAGACUCAAACCGCAACACUGUUGACCUGCACUGUGGAGCGGUGGCCAAGCUGAGAGUGGGUGGAUGGACUAUCGGGGGACUCUUGAAGGCGGGGUGGCUCCUCCGUGGAUGAGUUCAUUGAUGUUUGUUUUAGCAAUGGUAAAAGGCCUCCACUCAUCCCACCUCUUUUAUUACUGAGCAGCACUACAAAUGUAAAUGUAUUAGCACUUAGCAGGGAUAAAUGUUAUGACAGGCGCGGUGAGACGGAGGCUAAAGAAACUUUUAAAGAUGGAGAAUUGAUGGCUCUGGCGCAGUGGAGUUCACCCAUGCAUAAAUCUGUUUGUCAUACUCAGCUUCUCCCCCUUGGGUUUAAUAUUGUCCAUCAGUUGUUUACCACUGUGUUGCUUCCAAAGGGGAAACCAAUUGUGCUUCCUCGACUGUUGUGUCCGCCGGAGUUUUACCAUGGUGUCAGGCAACCUGUCAGUGGAAUGUAUAUUUUUCCUUGCAUCCGAAAUCACUGGCUACAACAUCUUACUGGCCCGGCUAAUUAUUUUUUUUCUUGGGGAAUGUUGAUAUAGUGUAAUUGCUAUUUUACAGUGGAUCUACAUGUACUUCCUCAUCAUUUGUAUAAAAUAAAACAAUGGCCACAGCCACAUCAAUAUUUUUUUCUGGUGAAAUUAUAGAAAGUAAUGGUGCCAUAACUUUGCGUAAAAAAAAUAUGAAAUGUGAACCUGAGAUCUGUGUGGAAUUUGCUUUAUAAAUUCAUCUUCAGAGGGGAUCAAUAAAAAGUUUUAUAAUCUUGUUA